AUCGCUGAGAGACUCAGAGGGUCCGGCUCAGUUUUAAUUCUCCUCUAAUCUCUGCAACAGCAGCUUCUUGGGUCCCGCCGCUUCUACUCCAGCCCAGCCGCCGGCCAGCCGCCAGGAGAGCAUCCUAGCCGCCUCCGCCCCAUCACCCACCAUGGACAACCUCCAAGAAAAAGUGGCUCCGGACGCGCUUGCCUGAGAAUUCCGCACAAAAGAGGCGCUCAAAAUGAAGACCCUGAUGCACCAUGGUCUGGCAGUGUGUUUAGUGCUCACUACCAUGUGCACCAGCUUGUUGCUCGUGUACAGCAGCCUCGGCAGCCAGAAGGAGCGGCCCCCGCAACAGCAGCAGCAGCAGCAACAGCAGUCGACUGCUGGCAGCGCACAGCCAGUGGAGAGCAGUCCCCAGCCACGGAGAACCGCCCCCGCCGGACACCGGCAGUUGGAUGGAUACCUCGGCGUAACCGACCACAAGCCCCUGAAAAUGCAUUGCAAGGACUGCGCCCUGGUGACCAGCUCAGGGCAUCUGCUGCAUAGUCAGCAGGGUGCCCAGAUCGAUCAGACAGAGUGUGUUAUCCGCAUGAAUGAUGCCCCCACCCGAGGCUAUGGGCUUGAUGUGGGCAACCGCACGAGCCUGCGGGUCAUCGCACAUUCCAGCAUCCAGAGGAUCCUCCGCAACCGCCAUGACUUACUCAACGUGAGCCAGGGCACUGUGUUCAUCUUCUGGGGCCCCAGCAGCUACAUGCGGCGAGAUGGCAAGGGUCAGGUGUACAACAACCUGCAGCUUCUCAGCCAGGUACUGCCCCGGUUGAAGGCCUUCAUGAUCACACGCCACAAGAUGCUGCAGUUUGACGAACUCUUCAAGCAGGAGACUGGCAAAGACAGGAAGAUCUCCAACACUUGGCUAAGCACCGGCUGGUUCACUAUGACAAUCGCGCUGGAGCUCUGCGACAGGAUCAAUGUUUAUGGCAUGGUGCCCCCAGACUUCUGCAGGGAUCCUAAGCACCCUUCAGUACCUUAUCAUUAUUACGAGCCUUCUGGACCUGAUGAAUGUACAAUGUACCUCUCGCAUGAGCGUGGCCGGAAGGGCAGUCACCACCGUUUCAUCACAGAGAAACGGGUGUUUAAGAACUGGGCGCGGACAUUCAACAUUCACUUUUUUCAACCAGACUGGAAACCAGAAUCACCCCCUGUGAAUCAUGCUGAGGAUAAGCCUGUGUUCUGAGGGUACACGUGCCAGAAAGUAAGGUGUGGUGUCCACACCAUCAGCCACGACAGGAAGGACUUGAACUCCAGGCAGAGAAUGGAAACUGGACAGUGGUGCCCUUCAGCACCAUGGACAGAACCCACAGCCAGAGACUGUUUCAGAAUGAACACAUCCUAAUUGAGUAUUGUCUCUUUGAAAAGGAAACUGAACGCUUGCUUCAGUGACACUGCCAUAGCUAGGAACACUUCAGGGUGGAAGUAUUGCCUUCGAAACCGAAGCAGGAGCAGCCCAACACCUUUAAUUGUGUUUCUUUACAGGCAUCCACGUCAAAAGACUUUUUUUUAAAUCAGGUUAUAACCUAACCUGACCUAUAUCUUUGUCAUUGGUCAGACUCUGUGUUUUGUAAAAAGCCUGAGCGUAUGGACAUGUUUCUGAAGAGCACAUCUCCAAUGAUUUUCAUAAAGCAAAUGUCUGCUAUUUAUUUAUUGAGAGUUUUUUAGUGUACUCUAGGCAGUAUUUUUAUAGAUUAUGAUUAUGUGGCAAUUUAUUCUUCCUGACUCUUUAAUCCUGAAUGGUGUUGGAAUGGCCUAGAAUCAGGCUGAGGAGUUACUGCAUUCACAAUGCUCAUUAUUAGCUUGAAAUCUGUAUUUGACGGGGAAAUGUGUGGCAUUGUUUGAACCCCUUGGCUCAGGCAAAUUGCUCUUUCAUAACAAGAACAGCUAUAACAUUUUCCAAUAUACAUAAAUGUUCAAAAGAACAAAGUUGAAAACCAAAAACUAUGUCAUUAAAAUAAAGAAGAUGCUAAUGAGAGGAAUUUCAAGAUAUGACAGCUUUAUUCAGCAGCAACUGAUAGAAGUAAUUUCUCUUCAAGUUCUGCUUUCCUCUUCUUUAGAAUAUACCAGAAGAUCCCUAGAGUUCCUCUUGCCAAUCUAAGGCUAUCUGAGCCUCUCACUGACCUUCAUGAGGAUUAGACACUUGAUUGACAUGACUCUGACAGUAGCUGAAGAUUUCAAGUCAGGGUGAAAGGUUAGGUCCUCUGGGCAGAAGUCAGGUUUCCUCCAGGGUCUUUCUUGUCUAAACUCUAUCCCUUGCCUCUCUAAGAAAGUGAGAGAAGGAGCGAGGGGUGGAGGCUUCUGAAUGUUCCCUGAUUGUAAUUACCAAAAGCUACCCUUUUUAAAGAAGAGAUCACAAAGUCAUUCCUCAGCUCACAGCUCACCAUCCCAUGAACCAUUCUGACCCACUGGCUGCAAGUCUUAGAAGUCAUAGGAAGGACUCACUCACUCGCUUCAUUCAAAUCCAAGGUCAAUAGCAUUACAGAUUUUCAUUUUAAAAAGUUAUAUUGCUCGGAAAAGUAAGACUAUAGUAGACUUUUCUUUGCAUGCUGCCAACGGAGCAUUAGUGUAUCUAAUGGCAGAUUUGAAGGCAGCAGCUAAUGCCAUGAGGGAACAGCAUUACUUUACAAACAGGACAGGGCUUGUGAUUAAAGGUGUCUCACAUCAUCAGUCCUUUCCCUCUUCUUAAUUAGUGAUAAUGUCCCUUUCCUUUUCAUUAAGUAGAACUAUUAAUUAUGCAGAGUACCAUUGUGGAGGUGCAAAUACAGUCCAGGUAUUCAGACAGCAGAAACCAAGUAUAAUUGUGGUGUGGCUUGAGUUAUUAAAAGUCAGUUUAAAAUUGAAAUUGCUGUCUAAGGCAUAGUGGAAUUCAUUCUUCAAGUAUCUUCUGAGUUUUUGUAGAAAGAUGACUUACUUUUAUUCUACCACAGUGUGGCCUCUGAGCAGUGUUCUUAUGAACACAAGCAGAAGAGUAUGAAUUUCAGACCACUGAUUGACAGGUCACCUUCACAAUCCCUUGAAGAGAUUAUUUGUUGAAAUGUAAGUGGGUCCUUUGACAAUUCCUAUACUUAGGGAAAUUUGGAAAAGCAUACCUGCCAGAAUGUAACUAUAUCACCUGACCUACUGUUACACAUAUCUGAGUAUCUUUAGGUUUUGUGGCUUUCUUUUUUAAAAGGAAAAAAAGGCCACAAAUAAUAUCAAGAUAAGACCAUCUUUUGUAAUUUCCUCCUCUCAAAUAGUCAAAAGAGUGAGAAGCAACCAAAUGCCCAGAAUCUUGGCUCUUUCACAGAAAAAAUUUUAAAUUCAUAUUUUUUUUUCAAAAACAUGGUGUAGCUAAGUGUAAGAAAUUACCACUUGGGUCAUGGUUUUAUUGCAGCAUUAAGGAAAAUGCCGAGAGCUCUGAUAGCUUGUGCUGAUGGACCUGGUUGUGGGCAAUUGAAUUCACGUCUUACCACUAUCAUUUCAGAACUGUCAGACUUAAUGCCAUUCAACACCAUUAAACAUAAACUCUGAGAUAAAAGACACAACCCCGUUUACAGACGGCAUGAUAUCAGGCUAUCUGAAGCCUCAGUCACUCUUGGUAUGUUACAUACCUUUUGCUUCUCUCCCCAGCGGCAUCAUCAGCCGCCUCCUAUCUUUUAAGACCACGGUAAUAUGAUGCCACAGCUGGCCGAUCCAUGGCUUCUGUUAUUUCAACACAAGAACAUUUGGCAGAGGCCAUUACAAUAGAUAGCCAUUAUGGGCAAAGAUACAGGAAUUCACAAACAAAAUCAAUCAAUUCAAAUGGCCCAUAAAAAGAGGAAUCUCACAUUUAAUAUUUUACAGUAAAUAUUCACCCAAGAAAGCACACAUUAAAAGAACAUUAGGAGGUAAAUAUUCAGUGUGCUGCGUGGGGACUUGGCUGUGUGAUUCCCAUUCCCACAAACAGGCUUUCGGGAGCUAAGCCCCGUAUUUUACUCACCCUGCUCUCUACUCCUUAGGGCUAAGCAUAAAAGUAGACUGAUUCAGGCACAAACAGGUCCUGAAAACACUGAGCUCAGUGCUUCAUAAAACUAAAUGAAAACCAACAGCCCUAAAGGGUGAGCUGUGUGGCCUCAGAAUCCUUAGGUUCCUGCCGGAUUUGUGUUUUAGAGACAUGGCACCUCUGUCUCCCAGUCCUCCCUGUCUCUGAGCCAUCUGAACCACAUCAGAACAAACAAAUAAUUUCAUAUGGAAAUAAAUACUAUAUUUCAACUUCAAAGGACUAUUUAGAAGGUAAAUGAAUGGUAGGGAGUAAAAGAAAAUGUAGAAAUUCUGUUAGGAUGAAGACAGGGCUGUUUAAAUACCUAUGUACCUAUUUUGUACCUCUCCAGACAUUUGCCAUGUGUGAGUGACCCUGGGACUCCCAAAGGGAGUCCUACCCUGACAGAAGGUCCAAGCCUCUUUCCUGCUCUGCACAUUUCACACCCACUAGUCUUUUCCUUCAUCCUCCUGCUUCUCUGGAGGCCCAUCUCCUUGCCAUCAACCUCUCCAGAUCCUUCUGUCUUCUAGAAACCUCCAGUGUUGUGUUGGUGAGGUCUUCCCGGUGGCUGUUAACUCCAGACCUGUGUAGGAACAGACUCCAUGUAGGGUCUCCUAGAGCAGUAGCAUGGUGGGUGCAGGAGUCUACCCCACUAUAAGACAAAGGUACUGGAGCUAUGCCUCCUGGCUGGCCUACACUGGGAAAGGAAGGAGUUUAAGUCCUACAUGGAGGGUCAUCUUGGACAAAGCAGGACAGAAUGUCACCCUCUCUGAAGUUUCUCAAAAACAAAAACAAAACCCUAAAAAACUAAAAUGCAAAGCCUGAGGAGGUGGGACAAGAGGAGUUACAGAUGGCCUAGGUUUUAGCACACUAGAAGACAUCGGAAGUGGAAAGGGUGAGGCUGUUCUGAAGGCUUAGAAGGUGAGUGCUCACUCCCCCACCUACUCAGGGUAUUGAAAUGUAAAUGAAAAUAAAAACAGACUGAGAUCCUGUUUUGUACUUGUGCCCCAGUAUGACAUGCUACCUUGAUUGUCCUCUGUCUUUCUAUGUGUGUGUCUGUUAGACUAGAUUGUAAGCUCCUUGAGGGCAGGGGCUGUCUCUCCUUUGUCUUUGUAGCCCCACACCUAGUACAGUGCCUUGCACACAAUAGGCGCUCAAUAAAUGUCUGUUGUUGAUGUUGACCACUUUAA